UUCAAGCGUGGUACUCCUCGUCUCGUCUGAAACUUAGAGUGUCUGAUUCAGAAAGAGUUUCAACCUUUGAAAAACUAAAUUUCAGAACUCUAGCUAGAUCAGUACUUCUAAGUCGUCGGGCUUGGUAGGAUGGUUUCAUCAUCAUGGAUCGUAAGCCUUUUGGCGAUAUCUCUUGUUAGAGUAGUACUUCUCCUGGAUGUGGUGCCGGUGGAAGGACAAGAUACCAGCUUCGUCUUCGAUUCUUUUGAUUGCUUGAAAGACAAUCAUUUACAAUGUACAGGAGACUCGAGUAGCACUGCAGACGGACAGCUAAAUCUGACGGAUGCUUCGAGGGGGAGUACUGGCCGUGUCUUGUACCUUCCAGGGAUCCGACUGCUGGAUCCUGAAACCUCACAAGUCUCGUUCUUCAGCACGAAUUUCACUUUCAGCAUGGUUGGAGAUUACCCCAGGCCUGGAGAAGGGCUUGCUUUUAUAAUGAUGUCGAAUCCAAUUUUCGAGGGAUCCGGAGGAGGAUUUUUAGGAGUUUAUGGACCGGACGGCCACGCAGGAACUCAGACACUUGCUGUAGAAUUCGACACUUUGAAAAAUGUGAGGAGUGGGCAUUUUAGAUUUAACGAUAUCAAUGGCAAUCACGUGGGGGUGGAUCUGGAGUCCAUCAAUUCCAUAGUUCAAGUAGACGCUGGAUCGUUUGGGAUUGUUCUGUCACGAGAAGCUACGCUCACUGCGUGGGUAGACUACUUCGCACCGACUGGAAAGCUUUCAGGUAGACUUCAGGUCCGGAUCAGUCGAACUUCCUCUCGACCGAGAACCCCGCUUCUCAGCUACGAGAUAGAUCUGUCGAAAAUCUUCACCGAGUAUAUGUAUCUGGGAUUCUCCGCCUCCACAGGUGACGAUGAUUGCUUUUCGUACCAUAAUAUUCGGAAUUGGGGGUUUCAAUCAUGGGGCCUUCCAGCUCUCCCGUCACCACCACCUGACAUCAUCUUACCACCUCCUCCACCACCGUCCUCGCCUCAUCCUCCAAUCUCUCCCCCUUCCAACAUUCCUCCAAGUUCUCCCCCAUCUGAAAAUCCUCCAAGUCCGUCACCUCUUUCUCCCCCAAGUCCAGUUGCUCCAUCUCCAACACCUCCAGCUCCAAGCCCCUUGUCUCCUCCUCCAUCGACAUCUCCAUCGCCUCCCACGUCCCCGACUCCUCCUCUAUCACCACCAGCUCCCAUUGCCCCGUCUCCUUCGUCAGGUUCACCAAAUGCAACAGCCCCAUCUCCAUCGGCGGCAGUACCACCACCAGCAGUACAUAGCCCAGUUCCCUCCCCGCCGAAUGCGAACUCACCAGGACCAUCAGGACCUGCGAUUUCUCCUCCCAAUGCAAACUCCUCAGCUCCAUCACCAUCUCACUCGAAUGCUUCAGCACCUGGAACAGCACCCAGUCCGAGUUCUCAUUCACCACCAGGUUCUUCUCCAGUUAAGCCCCCUGCUUCAGGCCCAUCAGGACCUCCUAAUUCUUCUCAGUCCCCAUCGCCUUCUCCUUCUUCUUCACCAUCUGGACCAGCGUCUGGUCCAUCUCAGUCUCCAUCGCCUUCUUCCCCAGCUCCUGGUCCUUCUUCCUCAACUCCACCAUCUCCAUUAGCUCCAUCGUCUCGUCCAACUUCGGGUCCUUCUAAGUCUCCAUCGCCUUCUUCAACCACGCCAGCUCCUGGUCCUUCUUCCUCAACUCCACCAUCUCCACUAUCUCCAUCUUCUAAUCCCACUCCAGGUCCUUCUCAGUCUCCAUCGCCUUCUUCAACCACGCCAGCUCCUGGUCCUUCUUCCUCAACUCCACCAUCUCCAUUAUCUCCGUCUUCUAAUCCCACUCCAGGUCCUUCUCAGUCUCCAUCGCCUUCUUCAACCACGCCAGCUCCUGGUCCUUCUUCCUCAACUCCACCAUCUCCAUUAUCUCCGUCUUCUAAUCCCACUCCAGGUCCUUCUCAGUCUCCAUCGCCUUCUUCAACCACUCCAGCUCCUGGUCCGUCUUCCUCAACUCCCCCAUCUCCAUUAUCUCCAUCUUCUAAUCCCACUCCAGGUCCUUCUCAGUCUCCAUCGCCUUCUUCAACCACUCCAGCUCCUGGUCCUUCAUUCUCAACUCCACCAUCUCCAUCACCUCCGUCUUCGAAUCCCACUGCAGGUCCAUCUCAGUCUCCAUCGCCUUCUUUUUCAACAACGCCAACAUCCGGCCCUGCUCCUCUUUCGAGGACUCCACCAUCUCCAUUUUCUCCAGCUUCUACUCCAAGCCCAUCAGCUUCCACUCCUGAGCUUCCUCCGGGUCCAAACUCACCUUCAUCCUCACCAUCAGGCUCUCCUCCAUCAUCUUCUAGCCCAGGUGGUUCCCCAGAUUCGAGCCCCCCUUCAAAUUCUACUCCAGUAGCCUCUCCUGGUCCAUCAUCUGUGAUUCUUCCUCCUCCUGGAAGCCCAUCUUCGAGUUCAUCAAAUUCUCCUUUCCCACCCACCCCAGGAUCUUCAGGGCCCGGUACAAACUCUUCCAGCCCUGGACCACUACCAUCACCCUCGCCAUCUGAUAACAACACGACGAAGAUCGUAGUUCCCAUCGUUGCAUCGCUUGCAGGACUGGGAUUACUUCUAACUUGCUGCUUUGGUCUCGCUUGCCUCAAAAAACGAAGGCGUGAAGCUGGUGAUUUUAUGUGAUCGGAUACCUGCAAAACUGUACUCCCAUGUUUCUUUGUACAUCUAUUUCCUACGGAUAAUAUAAGUCACACUUUUGCAUCGACACAUGAGAGUGAUCACCGAUGAAAUUCUCACCAUGCCAUCAAGCAUAUGUGGGAGUGGCAGCAGCCUGGUUGUCGCGACAGAAUGUGAUGACGAGGAUGAAACUCCGAUGAGCUUAUGUAAAUAAAUGAUCCUGCUCAUUUUGUACAUUCUCAGGGACUGGUCGCACGCACCGCGAGUCAAUCAAUACUGUCGUGGAUCGAUGUCUCGUUAAGAUUUGUAGAUUGGCAGUGCUUUACAUCAGAGCAUAUUCUUGAUCCAGACACGUAGUGUACAUUAGCAAGUCUUAGAUCUUCAUAGAGGACCAUGUAUUUUCAGAUUCCUCGAGAGAUGAGAAGGACGGAUGACGAAUCCAAGAACGUGUGAAAUAAUGAUACAGCUUCUCCUGUGAAAAUUGUACCUCCUUGUAACCUUGUGUUGGAUAUGCCAUGAUUACUGGAUGGUCUUCAUUCAUAAAGCAAGCUCGACGGCC